GUUCAUUCAAAAGUCUACUUUGUCUAACAGGCGCUUCGGGUUUGAGCGAGAAUUUUGUGUUGGAAUGUUUUAAAGUGACAUAAACUGUAAACAGCGUCAAAAUAACACUCAAAACAUGUUGUAGUGAACGGAAGAAAAACUUUGGAUCAUCAGACUGUCCGAUUUUAGUUUAGGUUAAAAUAGAAAAUCAUAUUCUUCCUUCAUGGACACUUGGGAACUAAAUCCUCACUCAGUGACUCCAGCAGCUAAAGUCCUGGCGAGAUGUGUAGCCUCAGGCACAAUGUCUCAGAAAGAGCUUGAUGAUGUCCCACGAGAGCCGGAGAUAUUUUCUUCUCUCCUGCUUCAAACCGAGCAUAUGAAUAAAAUCAAACAAGAGAUUGAUCAGGUUAAGUUGGACUUGGAUCUGCUAAUACUUGAGAAAAAUAGUGCAGAUGUUACUCAUAGUUAUCAUCUAUGUCAGAGAUUUGCGUCUUUGCAGCGGUUCACGUCUCAUCUUCAGGAAGUGCUGAGAGAACAGACCAGUUUGCGCCAAAGGCUUAUGAAACCUCUUUGCCAGCAGAACCUACCUAUACAGGCCAAUCUUCAUCGAUAUGUAGUCACGCUCAUGGCCAUGGUGGUUGAGUUUAUUGAGACUUUGGAAAUGAAAAUUAAGAUGGUGAACUCAAUUCCAACAACUGAUGAAUCUGUAAAUAAUCUGAGUAAUGGGAUGACUCAGCUCCUGGCUCAAGUCACAGAGGUGGAGAGUCUGACAAAGCAAGUUCUUCAGCAGAGUCGCAACCCAAAAGCCAUGUCCAGCUGAGAUAUAAUGGUAGACUGCAGGGCCCAUCUAAUAAAAUGCAUGACACUUUAAUUGAGUUGUCACUUUUUGAUCACAUUAAAAGAGUAAUUCAUUAAUUAUUGCUUUAUUUACACUGCCAUACGCUACAGUAUGAACGCUGUUGGUUCCUGAUUCCUUCUGAAUGUUAAGUAGUUUAAUCAGGUGUUGAAGUGCAGGAAAAUAAGAGUAAUAUACAGUCUCUGUAAAUACUUUGUGAUAUGGUUGGGAGGUUUAGGUUUUUUCUUAAUGUUUAAAUAAAUGUCACUUUUUAAAUGCUAAGAUGAGCUCUCGAAGACACGAUAACUUGAGAUAAUACCUAAAUGUCUGGACCGUCUGCUGAUCAAUUCUUCAUUGAUGAGUGUGUUUCUGCAAUAUAAAUAAAUAUGCAUGGCAUAA